UGCCCUCUCUGGCAUGUGACCUAUUUUCCUCCUGUUAUUUAUCGAUAACGACAUUUGGGCGCCAAAACUCAGCCGCCGUCAGAGUGUAGCAGUUGCGAUUGAAAAGAUGAGACGCAUUUUACGCGGAAUUACGGCACUAAUGAGCAGAGGUUUUAUUGAUAAAAAGGGAUAAGAAGAGACAAAGACGCUCAAUAGUCGGUGGUCAGUCAGCGUCUCGAGUUGUUCAGUUCAUUUCGCUCAAUUUCCCUAAAGAGACAAUUGGCUUCACAAUUCAUUUGUUCUUUCAUCUGCCAUUUUGUUUCGUUUGUUUGUUUGUUUUUUCCCCUUCGUUUGCCGAUUCACGUAAUGAGCGUUGCUGCUUAUCGACGACUGACACAUUUGUCCCAAUCACCGUACGAUUGGUGUUCGUUCAAGACUAUUUACUUAUCCGCCAUUAUCGCUGAUUUUCACAUUUGAACGUUGUAAUCAAGCCAGGCUUUUAAAGCAAACAAACAAAAAACAAUCGACAUGAGUCCAUCAAAGACUGCAAAGAAAGUAGCCUUCAACUGUCAAGAACAAGUAGCCACGAUGCUGGAAGAAGAAGAGCCCGGCAAUGAGGAAGGAGAAGAAGAUAUAUCACCGACUGUCGAAUCUUCUUCUUCUUCCUCAUCGCUUUCAUCAUCGGCCGCAAGCAAUAGCACUUCGAUUCGCAGAGAACUCUUGCGUUUAGAGUCGCUCGUUAGGUGUCACGUGCAGCAUCAGUGGCACUUGUCCAUCGAGAAUUACAGUAAGUUACGCAAGAGACAGUCCAGUGCUUUAUCGACACCUGACGCGGAAGUGGCGUCUACGUCGCCAUCUUCAGACUGUUCGGCUUGUCCUCACAGUGGCGAUCCCGGAAGCGCUGCAUCUAUCGCCCAAUUCAAUAAGGAAGUCCAGGAUGCCUGGAGUGCAAUUGAUUUUGGACAGAAACCGAGCCUUUGGCGUAAGACGAUUCGUAGCGUGAUUCUUCGACUACGGGGCCAGGAGCAACACAAGGAUGUUUAUGUUAUGCCACAACAUCUAAGGGAUCAACUCAAGCAGAUGUAUGUCUACUGAACAUUAUGUUUUUCCCCCGGAGCUUCUGCAACGGUCCCGAACCGUUGCCCAUUUUUUUAUUUUUUUUAUUUUUUACCUCCAAAACAAAAACGUUGCGAUUUUAAAUUUCGCGCGCGCGCCAAAAUUUUCCACUUUUUUUUUUAAAGAAAAAAAAAAUAACGAAAAGAGAAAUUCGAAAUUUUAAGAUUUACAGAGUAUUACGACAGAAAACACAUUUACAAAUCAUACCACACCAUUUUGAAAAAAAAAAAAAAAAAGAAAAACGUUACCUGAAUGUAUAGAAACUUGUACAUAAAAAGCAAAACAGAGAGAGCAAUGGAGAAAAGCGAAAUCAUUUGUGACAAAUUAUUAUUAUUUUCUUUUUCUUCUUAAAUGCCAUGUCCGACAAUUAUUAUUUCCUUCUUCAAAUGUUUAUUGAUUCUCCAGAAAAUUCGAAUGAACAACUUUCUCUGCGACAUCCCUCCUGUCAAUUUCCCGCUCUCAAAAGUGUUUUAAAGAAAUAAGACGCCACAAAAAAUCAAUGGAAACGUUUUUUUUUUUAAUGUAUAUUUCCCGAUCUUGUAUGUAUUUGUAUGUAAUGUCAGUGAAUCGAUUGUACAGUCCCGUUUUUCCCUCCCCCCAUCUAUCUUAUCCGAUUCCCCAUUUUUUAUUUUUUUAUUUUUAGAAAUGUGCGUGUACAUGCGUGAAAUCAAACAACAAAAUCGCCUUCAAAAUAUGA